AUGAAAACACCCAAGUCCAAGAAGAAGAAGAAGAACAAGAAGGCCAAGGAGACCUUCAAGGAUGUCGAUACCAUCGACCUCACCAGCUCCCCUGCGCCAUCUUCUGCUUCAGCCUCGUCACCCUCGGCUCGUCCCGAUGCGUACUCGGUUCCCAACUCCCCGACCAAGAGCGCCGCCGACAAGGCAGCCAUGCCUCCUCCCACCAGCCGCCCGUGUGACAAGAGCACUUCUCAGCCUCAGGCCCCUCGGGACCCAAACGCAGACCGGAGACGAGCUGGGACUGGUGUCCACGAUGACUACCUGAUAAAAUCCAGAGGCAAUUUCCGUCAUAAAUCUCUGAGACGGGGCAGCGGCAUGACUGUGGAAACCCCCCAGGGAAUUCGAAGAGAAAAAGAGAUGCGUAUGCAGCAAGGACGUUGGUCAAACAACCCGUCCCAAGCAACAGCAGCCUCCACUUCCACCACGAGGGAGCCUCCCAAGGGGCCCCAAGCCCACAACAACCCGUAUGGACUCACGCAGCCUCAGAGCCGACGAGGUGACGUCCCUCCUUUGAAGGAGCUCCAGGGAGGGUAUCAGAGAGCCGCUGCCCCUGCGCGACCAACAGGUGCCACCUCCAAUUCUGAAUCCCUUCAACGCCCUGCUCCCCCUCAAAACCCCGAACCAGUUCAAAAGCCUGCGACUGCCCCAGGUCCAACUGCCCCAGACCCAUCCAUCCCAGGCCCGGCCGCGACGGAAGCCCCAAGCAGCCAGACCCCACGCCGAAUCUUUUCGAUGGCUUGCAAGAUCGAGGUCAUGAAACUCUGCCUGGCAUCGAAGGACAUGUACCUGAACAUGACUCCUUCGCCGAGCUUUGAUCAGAGGCCCUUUUGGGAUGAUGUUUUCCAGAACAUCGAGCUCAACCAUGCUACCCAGGGCAAGUUUAACGAGUGGAAGGACCUCAGAUACCAUGUCGAUGUCUGGGUCCAGCCCCGUCGGACGAGCCUGAGAGAGAACAACUUGCCCGCUCUGUCCGUUGGACAGCCAGAGCUCGACCAGCUCAUCGAUGAGUGGAACCGGGUCUUUGCACAACGCUUCUGCGCAAUCAACCGAGGGUAUUUCGAGAGCAACCUCUGGCCUCUAGCCGAGGGCCAUGUCAUGUCGAUCAUGCAGUCAGAGAUCCAGACUUGGAUCACCGGCGCUCUCGAAAGGCGGAUGAACGAACUCGGCCGAUAUACUCGACGUGUGCUCGGAAACAACAGAAGGCCUGAAGACUAUGACAAUCCUGUCAGGCGAUUGUUUUACAGUUCUCAAGCGACGAGCCAGAGUGACGCCGCACAAGUUCGUGAGACAGAGGCCCUCAUGUCGCUUGUGCUGGAACUUCAACCACAACUGCGCAGUGCCAUUGCCGAUGAUCUUCGCAACGCUGAAAGCAACGACCACAGAGACAACAACCAGAGCUCGGGUGCGCUUCAGACAACUGGUCAACGACAGGCUACUGGCUAUUACCAGCAUACGCAGGAUGAAGUCGUGCCGUCCAUUGAAACUCCAACCCGGACUACGGGUUAUGGACGCGCCCCAGGAUACUACGAUCAACCUGUCUCUUCACCUCCAAUGGCUGGCCGUAGCUAUGAGUGGUAUUCGAGAAAGAAAAAAGAGCCGGACCAGAGCCACUCGACUCCCAGCACAGGCAACCUUCCUAUCAGAACCCGAGACUUGUCAGGAUAUGGCCCUGGGUCUGGCGCGAAGCGUCGGCGUGUGGAUGAGGGCAUGUCCGAGUUCCCAUCUCCGAGCCGACUCAUGGCACGGGGCUCUUCGCCAGCUCGGGCACGGGAUACCCCCGAUAAUCCGUUCGAGACGCCUCAACCACCGCAAAGAGGCCAGGGCACUCAUCGUCAAGGAUCGCCGAACCGAUUUCGCGAGCAGACUGCAGAGUUCAACAACAUGACUCCUGACUCGAGGAUGGACAUGUUGUACAAGGCUCUAAAGGAGACUCGCCGGAAGAACGGGAAGAAAAGGUAA